AUGGCCCGCUACAACCCCCUCUACCUAAUCUUAAUUACCGUCCUAUGUCUGUCAAUCGCUUCAGCUCAACCGGUGGAACAAAAUGCGAACAUGCACUCAGGCAGACAUGCGAGUGGAGCGAUCAUCGCUGAUCGACAAUCGACAAUAUAUCAAGAGAGAGCAGCACGAGACAUAGUCACAGCCUCGAACACCACAUCAACGGACAUGCCUGCUCCAUACGAUACUCUAGCCUACAACUUCGCGAACACAACCUCCUGCAUAGACUUCUACACGAAAUGGCGCGCCAACAAAACAAUAACAGACUGUCACGCUAUCUCAUUACUUCUCGAGAACUCCAACGCCUUUUUCCACACUCUCCGCUCCAGCGCCGCAAUCACUCGCGUCCUGGAAACAUCCUGCACCCAAGACGCUAAGAAGUGCACUUCAAUCAUGGAUGACCUGGCCGCCGACCUCCUCAAAUCCGAAAAUUGUCGCGAAGACUACCACAAUGGGAACUCGGUCGUCAAAGGCACAUAUCGAGAUUUAGUCGCCUAUGAGCCUAUGUACCGUGCGACUUGUCUAAGGAACUCCGUGACACAAAAAUACUGUUUCGUCGAUGCGGCCUCGAAUUCUUCUUCACCGGAUGAUUAUAACAUUUACUUCAUGCCGCUGGGUAACUCGCUUGGGAUGGGUUCCAAGCCCACCUGUAGUGAGUGCUUGCAGGCUAGUAUGGAUUUAUUUUCUGGAUGGGCAAAGGUCGAUGGACAACCUCUUGCCACGACGUAUCUUCUUUCUGCAAAGGCUAUCAAUGCGCAUUGUGGGGCAGGGUUCGCGACGACGAAUAUCACGGUUGGCUCUGAUGCUGUUACGGGUGCUGGGCUUGCUAUUCCACUUCCCCGUGUUGGGAUGGUGAUUUCAGCUCUGGUCGCAUUGAGUUUUGUCUAA